GCUAAAUUAGUCCGCCUCCGCCGUUAAGCAACCAAAGAAGAAAGAAGAAGAACGUCAGCCUACAAUCCUCUGAAGGACUGAAACCUUCAGUUUGAGAAACACCCUUUUAUUUUGAUCUGGCGAUGUGGCGUCAUAAGGAUGCGUCGUGCUCCUCCAUCUGUUUUAGAAAGAACAAAGCCCCUGCUGAAGCAAUAAAGAUCCAUGUGACACGCUAUUAUAAAGAUGGCAUUUAUUAAAGAGGAGAGUGAAGACAUGAAGAUAGAAGCAUUCAGAGUCAAACAAGAAGAUUUUGAGGAACAAACAGACCUGAUGGCGGUGAAAGAGGACAGUCAAGAUCCCAAUGAAACAGAUGUGAAAGAUUUGCAUGAAAAACAAGAUUUCUUUACUGGAGAAAUCUCUUUUUGUUGUUCAAAGACUGAAAAGACGUCCUCUCAAAAAAGUGCUCAGAAGACUGGAACUCUGAGUCAUUUAACUUGCCAACAGUGUGGAAAGAGUGUAAAAUCAAGAGAAAACCUUAACAUUCAUUUGAGAACUCACACUGGAGAGAAGCCUUUUAUCUGCCACCAGUGUGGAAAGAGCUUCCCACGAAAAGAUAAUCUUAGGAUUCACAUGAGAACUCACACUGGAGAGAAGCCAUUUGUAUGUGGUCAAUGCGGAAAGUGUUUCCCACAUAAAGCAACUUUUUAUACUCACAGGAGAAUUCACACUGGAGAGAAGCCUUACACCUGCCAACUGUGUGGCAAAACUGUGAAUCGAAAAGGAAAUCUUACGGCUCACAUGAGAGUUCACACUGGAGAGAAGCCUUUUGCAUGUGAUCAGUGUGGAAAGAGUUUCGUACGUAGGGAAGGCCUUAGUAAGCACAUGGAGAUUCACUCAAGUGAGAGCUGUUUUAUUUGCCCUCAGUGUGGAAGUGUAUUCACAGACAAGAAACUCUUUGAGAGCCAUUUAAUAACUCACAUGGGACAGGAGCCUUUUAUGUGUCAUCACUGUGGAAAGACUUUCACGAAAAAAGCAAAUCUCAAGACGCACAUGAAAAUUCACACUGGAGAGAAGCCUUUCACAUGUGAACAGUGUGGAAAGAGUUUCAGACAGAAAACAACCCUUUAUACCCACAUGAGAGUUCACACCACAGAGAGACCUAUUCGAGUAUGUUUAGUCUAAGUUUACAGUAAUUCCACAAACAGCGCUGCACAGGCCUUCUCUGACUCUCAUUGAGUCGUGUAGCAGUGGCAUGCUGUCCGUGGCCUGCGUCACACUCAUCUGAUUCACACAAGGCUGUGUGACGAGCUCUAAUAUUCUGAGUCGCACACAAAUGUUACUGAAAACUAAUGCGUGCGACUGAAUGUUUUUUUAGGUGCACCAGUGCGACUGACCAGAGCAUAUUUGUGUUAACGCUGAGGCGUGCUUUAUAGGUUUCUAAGUGUAUUUGCAGUGUUGAGAAAUGUAUCACAGACAUAAACAAAGUAGACAUAAUGUAAAUAAGAGAUUCAUCGUGCAGUUUAAAGAGCUUGAUGGACUAUAAUGGAACUUUGUGAGAUUGCGAUGAACUAAGGAGUGACAGAUUUAAUGAUUAUAAAGGGAGUUUGUAAAUGUGAUAUUGAUUUAAUAGGCUACGACAGUUCAAUAAACAAUAAGUUAAUAUUAAGUGAUUUUAUAUCUGACUGUUGCCAGUUUUUGCUUUUUCGUCAACGAAAAUAUUUUGAAACAGUCAAGUCAUCUUUAUUUAUAUAGUGCUUUAAACAAAAAAGAUUGUGCAAAGCAACUGAACAACAUUAAUUAGGAAAACAGUGUGUCAAUAAUGCAAAAUGACAGUUAAGGGCAGUUCAUCAUUGAAUUCAGAGAUGUCAUCAUCUCAGUUAAGUUGAGGACGAGGACGUCUUUGUGCUGUCUAAGAGGUUAAAUAGUAUCUGUGUGUAACCCCUCUCUCCCGGGUCCUCACCGCAACACCUCACAAUCGCUCUUGGGCCUUGAACCCAGGUAUCCAGCAUGCGAGGCGGACGCACUAACAUGGAGUCUAAAUGGCUGAGCGUCUGUCACUAGUGCGUCUCUUGAGAUCUGGGGGUGAGGUUUACCAGCACAGUACCUACUCGCUGGCAUCCGUUACUCUCACACCCCAAAUCUAAACCUCACUCCCAUCUGGGUCACGGCACCAAAUGAGACAGAUCUUGUCACUUUUGUAACUGGAUCUGGUCUCUCUCCCAUAUUCUGCUUUGUGAUUUGACCAAUUCAUUCACACAUCCUUCGUGCACUCAGAAGAACAGGAGUCAAUGGGCUCAAUUUCCCAAUAAAUGCAAGAACAC